AUGUCUGUGAAAACCAGCCGCAGCUGGGCCUCGAACACCAACAGUGUCCUCCAAACGCCUCCUUUCAUCACCAAGAAAACUGGUGAAUCUGUCGCCAGUGAGAUCCACUGUUCACACAACGUAACAAAUGCUGAUGUUAUUCUCUGGUACAAACAAGACGAACAUAAAGCUCUGAAGCUUCUGGGAUAUCUGAAUGUGAAUUACAUAAACAUAGAGGACGACGUGAAAGGGAAGAUCAGCUUUGACGGAGAUGCCCUGACACUCCCACCUGCAGCUCUUCAGUCUCUCUAUGACACUCAGUUUGUGUCCAACAACAUGGAGAUCAUCAUCAGGACACACCUGCUCAGAUUAUCACUGUUUCUGCUGUGGACUUCAGGUCUAACUGAUGGAAGCCAUGUCACACAGAUGGACACACUUUGGCAAAACCAGGGUAAAGAUGCAACAAUGAACUGCAGCCACACCAAGGGUGCUACCUACUACCAGAUGUACUGGUACAGACAGCUGCCAGGAGAAACAAUGAAACUAAUCGUGUACACAACAACUAGCAACAAAGAUCAUGACUUUGGAGAUUUCAAAAAGGAGAAGUUUUCAGCCACCAAGCCUGACGCUGAGAGCGGGACAUUCACAGUGAAGGAUGUGCAGCCGGAAGAUAACGGCUUGUAUUUCUGUGCUGUGAGUGAACACAGUGAUACAGACACAUGUGAGAGCUGAACAAAAACCCCAGAC